CUGUACUCUAUUAAUUAUCGAUUAUCUAUUUUAGCUAUUUUGGAGGAAAGGUUCAAAGAGUUGGCUGGAAAGCUUCUGUUCGUAACGUUACGAAAGGCAAACGGACGACUGGGCAUCAUUCUUGCAGGCAAUAAAGAUCGCUCAAAAUUAUCAAUAUUCGUUGCUGGCAUUUGUCCCGACAGUCCAGCGUACGAAGCGUUCCUAGAAAAGAAAUUGAUGGUUGGUGAUGAAGUGCUGCAGGUAAAUGACAAAAUUCUCCAUGGAAGAAGCCACCUCAACGCUUCUUGCAUCAUUAAAGCCCUCAGCGAUGCCGUGGUGAAGUUGGUCAUUCUUCGACGUGACGAUGCGGCAGAAGACGUAGCCGUGGAACCUUCGAAGGUGCAAAUACAUGUCCACGAUCUCAAUCGACCAUUUCCUCCAAUUUUUGCCGCUGAUACGCCGGAAGUUCUGCCAACAAAGGUAUGCAAAUUGUAAAG